AUUACAGUUAGUUUUCAUUUGUUUUCAAGUAGAUCAUCUAAUUGUGUUUGUACCUUGGAAUCUACCAAAUGGCUUCAAUCAAAAUAACCUUUUCUGCAUGUUUGAUUUGCUUUGCUCUGAUUUCAAUUUGCGAAGGUCAAAGACGUAGACCUAGACCAGAUGUUCAAGCUUUGAAGAACGCAAUUCGGCAGAAGGUUCUGGAGGAUAUUGCUAAAAAACACGGUGUUACUUUACCGGUAUCUACUACAGAGGCUACGACAGAGGCGGCUACGACAGCAGCGGCUACGACAGCGGCGACUACGACAGCGGCGGCUACGACAGCAGCAGCUACGACGGCGGCGGCUACCACAGCAGCAGCUACGACGGCGGCGGCUACCACAGCAGCGGCUACGACAGCAGCAGCUACGACGGCGGCGGCUACUACAAACGGGAAAUAAUGAGAUUGAGCAUCUGAAAGAAUGUAAAAUCAAUUUCAAAAACUAAGCAUUAUUCCCUCGGCAAUGUAAAGUUGCUCGAACACAUUAAAUACAUGGCAUUAUAAAAUCAGACUUAUCCAACAUCAAUAAAUUCGCCAUUUAUGUUUUCUCAUCCAAAAACCGAAAGAAACUAGCUCUGAAACACGGCAUUUAUAAGUAGUUUUCCAAAAUAUGGAAACACAGAUCCAUUCAGUCGAAUGCCAGCUGCAAUACUUCAGGCGCCGUAUUCAUACUAAGAUAUCGAUACAAAAACUUUAGUCAGCUGCCACAGCUAUCGAAAAUAUUUCCAUCCACACAUUAGUUUCUCAUCUAGGAUUGUUUGUUAUUGUCGCUUAGACGCCUCAAAAGGGCCUGGACCUGACAGUAUACCACCAAUAUUUUUAAAAAAUCUUGCUGAAGAACUUACACUACCACUACAACUACUUUUUAACUUAUCACUUAAUAAAUGUACUUUUCCUAAAGCAUGGAAAUCUUCCUUUCUUGUACCAAUAUUUAAAUCUGGUGCAAAAUCUAACAUUAGGAACUACCGUGGAAUAGCCAUUAUCUCAUGCAUUUCAAAAUUAUUUGAAAAAAUUUUAAACGAAAAACUUUUUCAUCAACUUAAAAAUGUAAUAACAAACAAACAACAUGGGUUUUUAAAAGGCCGCUCAACUACAACAAAGCUCUUAGAAUUUAUGACAUUCAGACUGAAUGCAAUGGACGCCGGCAACUACGUAGAAACUCUUUACACUGACUUUAGCAAAGCCUUCGACCGUAUUGACAUACCUUUACUUCUACACAAACUACAAAAAUAUGGCAUAACACAUACUCUACUUGAAUGGCUCAAAUCAUACUUAACGAAUCGUGUACAGGUAGUCCGCUUCCAAAACAUUCUGUCUGAACCAAUUAAUGUAACUUCUGGCGUACCUCAGGGUUCUCACUUAGGGCCUCUCCUUUUCAUUUUACAUAUAAACGACAUUUCCUUCAUACUAAAAAAUCUGAAAGUGCUUAUAUAUGCAGACGACAUGAAACUCUUCAUGGAAAUUAAAAAUAUUAACGACGCUGUAAUAUUCCAGAACGAAAUCAAUCUAUUCCACAUUUGGUGCUGCAAAAGUCUACUCCAACUCAAUGUAAAAAAAUGUAACUUAACAACUUUCAGUAGGAAGAAUGAAACUAUAUCUACAAACAUACAUCUAGGAAAUCAACUUGUAGAAAAAUGUAAAAUUGUAAGAGAUUUAGGCGUAAUCUUAGACUCCAAGCUCACUUUUGUGGAACACUACAAUACCAUAAACAAUAAAGCAAAUAGCAUGUUGGGCUUUAUUAAACGCUUCAGUCAUAACUUUCAGGACCCAUACACAAUUAAAUUAUUAUAUACUACAUAUGUCAGACCUAUUUUGGAAUAUUGCAGCCUAGUAUGGAAUCCAUACAAUAUUAUUCACGAAGAACGCAUCGAAUCUAUUCAAAGACAAUUUCUUUUAUAUGCACUACGUAAAUUAAACUGGACAGCAUUUCCUCUAUCAUCAUAUGAAGCACGCUGCAUGCUCAUCAGUAUUCAAACACUUAAAGAACGCCGCGACCUUGCAAUGCUUUAUUUUAUCAGCGACAUUAUUUCUCAACGCAUUCAAUCACCUUCUUUAUUAUCGCAACUAAAUUUUUAUACACCUAGCCCUCAACUACGAACCAGGAAAUUAUUUUUAGAAAGAAACACUAGAACAAAUUAUGCAAAAUAUAGCCCAAUCAAUCGUAGAAUGCGCCACUACAAUCAGUAUUGCGAACAUCUUGAUCUUGGUAUGUCCAAAAAUGAAAUGAAAUUCCAGCUUAGUCGUAGAAAUAAUGCGUAGUAUCUAAGUAAACAUUGUAAACCAUUUAUAUGUAGUCUACAUUUGCUUGACGAAAAUUAAAAAAAAAUAAUAAUUGGUAUUUUACUGAAUAGUUAAAUUCUCUGAGAGUCUAUUGAGACAACCUAAAAAAAUACGAAAGCAUAAGAUUUUUUGAGGUUAUUAUGACCAAAUUCAUUUUGUCCUUAAAUACCAUUCGCAUCCUGUAAAAUCCUAUUAGAAAGAUUUGAUAGACAUAAAAAAGAAAUAAGAAAACUUGGCAUUUUGGCAAAAUAAUCAACGAAACAAUUUUCACUCACUCCUUCAGACUCAUUGGUAACGAAAACUAGAUUUCGCUUGUCCACUGUGGUAAACUGCUUGCCAAAUAAGAAAUUUUUCAGCAAGCUUAUUCGUAAAACGCGAUUUCUGCUUUUAUCACAAAGAAAGGCUAUACACCACCACCUGAGAACUUGAAAAGGUGAAAACCACAUUUUGAACCGAGGCCCGGGGGUCCGAAUGUCAUAUACCAUUCGACUUGGCAAACUGAGCAAGUGUCUGUGUGUAUGUGACAAAUAAUGUCACUCGAUUUUCUUAAAGAGGCUGAACCGAUUUUCCCAAACUCAUAUUCAAAUCUUAUGGUCUUACGGUUCCAUAGAUCGCUAUUGAAUUUUAUCCCGAUCCGACUUCCGGUUCCGGAAUUACAAGACAAUAUGUGAAAAUCUAUGCACUCAAUUUUCUCAGAAAUUUCUUAACAGAUUUUUACAAACUAAGAUGCAAACAAAAGGUCUUGAAAUUUUUCAAAAAGAGCUUGAGAAGUUGAUCCAGGUCUGAAUUCCGGUUCCUGUAUUAUCUACACGAAGUUUUCUGAAGAUGAUCGCGAUCGAGAAUAUUUUAAUUUCAUUCCAGAGUUUACUGAAGAUAUUAAUGUAAAUCAGAUCGAAGUGCUAGACAUAAUAGAUGCCCCAAACAAAUUGGAUGUCUCUAAAAGUGCCGGACCUUAUGAGAUUCCAUCCAUAUUUAUGCAAAAAUUAGCAUUAGAUCUUGACCCCUUUGUGCUGGCUUUUUAAUAAUUCGCUUCAAUCUGGAAUUUUUCCCGAUACGUGGAAAAACUCUUUCCUUAUACAAAUUUUCAAAAAUGGGAAAAAGCAGACUUAUGUAACCAUCGGGUGAUUGCCAUUCUUUCUUGCAAUCCGAAGGUCUUUGAAGCGAUAGUUAAUUUCAAACUGUUUAGUCAAAUAAAAAAUAGAAUUACUCACAUGCAACAUGUAUUUUUUCCAAGGACGUUCCACUACUACUAAUUUAAUUGAAUUCGUCCACUAUACCCUGACCGCUAUGGAAAUCACAUUGAAGCCCUUUAUACAGAUUUCUGCAAAGCAUUCGAUCAUGUUGACAUACCCAUGCUUAUGUUUAAAUUACAAAAAUUGGGAAUCUUACCAGGUCUUCUUAAAUGGUUUGAAUCUUAUCUAACAAAUCGUCAACAAAUUGUAAAAUUUAAGGGUAAAACAUCGAGUCCCAUUUACGUCAGUUCCGGGGUCCCCCAGGAACUUCAUUCAGGUCCUAUUUUAUUUAUCUUGUUUGAUAACGCAAACGAUAUAAAACUAUUUUUAAAAAUAGAGAAAAGUGAGGAUGCCAAGGUUUACCAAGAAGAAAUUCUUUCUUUUUAUACAUGGUAUAACAAAAGUCUUCUUCAACUAAAUGACUUUUGUUGACCAUUAUAAUACAAUCAAAAACAGAGCCAAUAACAUGCUAGGAUUCAUAAAACGAUUUUGUUACUGUUUACACGAUCCAUAUACAAUUAAAACAUUAUUCAUGGCCUAUGUUCGAUCAGUACUAAAAUACUGUAGGUCACCUUACUUAAUCACAUGGGAAGAUCGAAUUGAAUCAGUUCAAAAACAAUUUUUAUUAUUUACACUUCGUAAAUUAGGUUGGACAAGACUUUCUCUUCCGUCCUAUAAAAUCCGCUGUAUGCUGAUCAGUAUUCAAACAUUAAAAGAACGCAGAGAAUUUUCAAUGGUCUCAUUUGUAAAAAGACAUUGUCUCGAAUCGCAUAGAUUCCAGUGAACUCCUGUCCAAACUAAAUUUUUACAUACCAUCUCGGCCCUAAAGAAAUCGAAAUAUUUUUAUUACAAACCACCAGCGAAACUAUGCAAUAAAUUGGCCAAUAAAUCAAUUGAUGGCUGUAUACAACAAGCAUUCAGAAGCUGUCGAUUUCACAAUGUCCAAAAACAAACUAAAACAAUAUUUCAAUUC